GAAAGCACGGGCAGUACGGGCCUUCCCCGCGGUUUGAAAGUGGACCUAACACCGCCUUACUUUCUGGACAUGGGAGAUAUGGGGGAUCCUCCAAAAAAAAAACGCCUAAUUUCACUUUGCGUCGGCUGCGGAAAUCAAAUUCAUGACCAGUAUAUUCUCCGCGUGUCCCCGGACCUGGAAUGGCACGCGGCGUGUUUAAAAUGUGCAGAAUGUAACCAGUAUUUGGACGAGUCCUGUACUUGUUUUGUUCGGGACGGAAAAACGUAUUGUAAAAGGGACUAUAUCAGGUUAUACGGGAUAAAAUGCGCAAAGUGCAACAUCGGUUUCAGCAAGAACGACUUCGUGAUGAGAGCACGCUCCAAGGUUUAUCACAUUGAGUGUUUCCGAUGUGUGGCGUGUAGCCGGCAGCUCAUCCCGGGGGACGAGUUUGCUCUUCGGGAGGAUGGCCUGUUCUGCCGGGCAGACCACGACGUGGUGGAACGGGCAACAAUGGGCGCUGGAGACCCGCUUAGCCCCUUACAUCCCGCGAGACCGUUACAAAUGGCAGCAGAGCCAAUAUCAGCCAGACAACCAGCGCUUCGGCCGCAUGUACACAAACAGCCUGAGAAAACGACCCGCGUGCGGACGGUGCUUAACGAGAAGCAGCUCCACACUCUGAGGACCUGUUACAAUGCCAACCCUCGACCUGACGCUCUCAUGAAAGAGCAGCUGGUAGAGAUGACGGGGCUCAGUCCGAGAGUCAUCAGGGUUUGGUUUCAAAACAAACGGUGCAAGGACAAAAAACGAAGCUUACUGAUGAAGCAGCUUCAACAGCAGCAGACCAACGACAAAACGAACAUCCAGGGAAUGACAGGGACUCCCAUGGUGGCAACCAGCCCGGAGAGACACGACGGUGGUUUGCAGGCAAACCAAGUGGAGGUGCAGAGUUACCAGCCGCCAUGGAAAGUUCUCAGCGACUUUGCGCUGCAAAGCGACAUUGAUCAACCAGCUUUUCAGCAACUGGUCAAUUUCUCGGAAGGCGGACCAGGGUCAAACUCAACGGGAAGCGAGGUAGCAUCCAUGUCCUCACAACUGCCAGACACACCGAACAGCAUGGUGGCCAGUCCGAUAGAAGCCUAG